AUGUUCGCUAACAACGCCUGGCAAGAUAUGAUCCCAGUUACCCGCCCAUCCCUCGAUAACCAGAGCAACCUCCGUGCUAUCUUCGGACGUGAAAAGCGUCAAGCCGGGCAAUGCAACUGUGGAGCUCAGCCAAACAACUGCCCAGCUGGACCACCAGGACCACCAGGAGCACCAGGAGCACCAGGAGAUGAUGGACACCCAGGAGAGGCUGGAAAGGCUGGAGUUAACGGAAUCUCUCUUAUCUCUCAUGAAGGAGAAACCGGAUGCAUCAAAUGCCCAGCCGGAGAGCCAGGACCAGCUGGACCAGAUGGAGCUCCAGGAGCCCCAGGACCAGACGGACAGCCAGGACAAGACGGACCAGCCGGACAACCAGGAGCUCCAGGACCAGCCGGACCACAAGGAGACGCCGGAGCACCAGGAAAUGACGGAGCCCCAGGAGCCCCAGGAGCCCCAGGAAAGGACGGACAACGUGGACAAGGACAGCCAGGAGCUCCAGGAGCCCCAGGACCACAAGGACCAGCAGGAAACGCCGGACAAGAUGGAGCCGCUGGAGCACCAGGACAACAAGGACCAGCCGGACCACCAGGACCAGACGGACAACCAGGACAAGCUGGCCAAGAUGGAGAGGCUGGACCAGAAGGAGCCGCUGGACAACCAGGAGCUGAUGCCGCCUACUGCCCAUGCCCAGCCAGAACUGGAGCUGUUGAGAACAAGCCAGAGACUAGCGGAUACAGAAGAAGAGUUUCCAAGGUCGUCUAA